AUGUCCGUUGGGGGUGAGUCGUCGUGUAGUACUGUGAUGACACAAAUAGGGAAGGGACUGAAUUUAAAGAAAUUAGAGCAAAUGGAGAGCUUGUUGGUACACAUGUUCAUCGGCUCGCCGACUCAAAGCGGUGACCCCGUCGAGAAGAGGCAACGGUGGACUCUUGAGCGCUUGUCGCCUCCUCUUGCCGAUUCCCUACUACCAGGCCACAAAAGACGAGGAUGCCGGAUUCGCCCGCGUCGGGCUCCGUCGAGUCUGAAUCUGGAGUGCUUCCCGACGGGUGGAGGCUUGUCGGAAUUGAGAGAGAGGCGGGAGAGAUCCUCGUGCUCGUGGCCGGAGGAGGAGAGAGAAAUUCGGGAGGAGAUGGGUAGCUCGCUGUUUUCUGAUUCUCUGGACGGGCCAAAUUGA